ACACACAAACACACACACACACACACACACACACACACAUAACGAUUAGUAUCACCCGUCACUAUGAAGUACCACAUCGCUAACGCCAAUGAAUACCUGGUCGUGACAGGUGCCGGUAUUCCGGACCUGCGCAUCUGCAAAAAGGCCUUUGUGUACCCAUGGCAGAAGAUUUCUCGGAUCUCUGUUAUGCCAUUCGACUUUUCCCUGAACCUGCAGGCCAUGACCGUCGAGAAGCUGCAGUUUGCUCUGCCAGCUGUUUUCACCAUUGGCCCGGACAACGAGCUCGAAGCCCUGAAGAAAUAUGCGCUUCUCCUCUCAGGGACCGUCGAUGGCGCUGGUCAACCUGUCGGGGAGGUGGCCCAGCCCACUCGACGUCAUCACGUGCAGGAUAUCGUCAAGGGUAUUAUUGAGGGUGAAACCCGUGUGAUUGUCUCCGGUAUGACCAUGGAGGAGAUCUUUAAGGAGCGCCAAGUUUUCAAGGGCAAGGUGAUCGAAAAUGUCCAGAACGAGUUGCAGCAAUUUGGCCUACGAAUUUAUAAUGCCAACGUCAAAGAACUGCAAGACACUCCUGGAAGCGAAUACUUUGCAUUCCUCAGCCGAAAGGCUCAUGAAGGUGCCCUCAAUCAGGCUAAAAUUGAUGUUGCCGAGGCCCGCAUGCGUGGUGAGAUUGGUGAAGCAGAGAAGAAAGGUCGCACCAAGCAGGAAAUUUCCAAGAUCGACGCCGAAACAGCCGUCCUUGAAACUAAGCGCAAGGCUGAAAAGGCCAAAGCAGACUCUGAAUUAACCAAUCGCCAGACUGAACUGGAACGAGAUAUUAAAUUGGCUAAAAUUACCGCUCAACGCCAGACCGAAGUGAGAGAUGCCGAGCUGCAGAAGGAGCUUGAGACCAAGCGAGCCCAGACCGAGUUGGAGCGUCUUCGUGCCACUGAUGUCACGAAGAGUGUGAUUGCACGUGAAUCCGCACAGCAAAAGGCCGACGCUGCAUUCUACACUGAACAAAAGGCUGCUGAUGCAAGUUUCUACAGACAAAAGGUGGAAUCCGAUGCUGCAUAUUACAACAAGAAACGUGAAGCUGAAGGUAUAAUCGAAAUGGCAAAGGCAUACCGCGAAAUGGUGGACACGCUCGGUGGCCCCCAUGGCUUCCUUCAGUUCAGAAUGAUUGAAACUGGCGUGUACGAGAAACUAGCAAAGGCCAAUGCCAGCGCUGUCCACGGCAUGCAGCCCAAGAUUACUACAUGGAAUACGGGCUCUGCUGCUGGUGAGGCAGAUGCCUCUGCCCCUAUCAGAAAUAUUAUGCAGUCUCUUCCUCCGCUACUCAGCACCAUCCAUGAGCAGACUGGGAUUGCACCACCAACCUGGCUGGCACAGAUGCCUAACAAUGACCUUGAUUUGAAGAAGAAGGUGCCUGUCAAUGGUAACUGAGACCGUUCUUAUUGAUUUCUGCUAAAGUCUAGGACUAUUUCACCCUCUGAUAUUUGGAGGGGCUUUCUCUGUCACCCCACUAUUACGUGUUUGCUGUGAUAUUAUUUCCUGUGUACAGUUUGCUUUUGGCUAAGUUUACCUUGAUACCACAGCGAUUUCUUUCCCUAUGUCUUUAGUUUAGAAUGUUUGCGACAAUCUUUCUAUGUUUGCUUUACGUGGGUUCCAUUAAUACAAAGAAAUCUGCUCAGCCCAACCGCUGUUUAAAUACCCUCUUUGUGCGCUAAAAAUGACAAAU